CAGUUGUCUAUUGAUUAUUGAAGACUGUGACCCAGAGAUGACAAAAUCACUUAUUUUUCUUCUGGUGACUCUUCUGUUCUGUUCAGGCAUUUCAGAUGUUCAGAUGGGAAUGUCUCAGCACUUUGACCAUCUGAAUCCUGUGAGGGAGAUGGAGCUCAGUUAUCAUGACAAAGCAACUGAGAACAAACAGUUAAUAAUUUGCAGUGUUUGUAAGACCAUCCUUAGAAAAGUGAUAGGAUAUAUUGGAAAAACAGCUUCUAAGGAGAAGAUAAAUCAGCAGCUUGAUAAAAUCUGUGAAAAAAUAAGAAUAAGGGGUUGUAAAACUUUUGUGCAGAAAUAUAAAAAUAAACUGGUCACUUAUCUGCUCUCUGGAGACAGGGCAGGGACCAUCUGUAUCAAAUUAAAAAUGUGCAAACAGAUGGACAUCCAAACAUUACAGUAAUGUGAAUGCUUCAAGCAUAGAAAUGCAUUGUCAUUUAUGUUAUAAUUUGUUACACAUGACAAUAAAAUUAA